AUGUCAAUCAACCACCAGGAGUUGGAUCCCGUGAAGGGUAGCGCGGUCCCGUCCAAGGUAGUCAUAAUCGGUGCUGGGGUAUUCGGCCUCAGCACAGCGCUUGCACUCGCUUCAAGACAUCCUGAGACCCAGAUCGUUGUAGUAGACCGGCUCACGCCUCCAGUCAAGGACGGUACGAGUGUCGACACUACAAGAUGCAUAAGAUCUGAUUAUGCCGAUCCGAUAUACCGGCGCCUCGCAGAAGUGGCCCAGGAUAUGAUAUUCCAAGAUCCAGAGCUCCAGCCAUGGACAUUCAAACAGGGCAUGACAUAUGUUUGCGAUGGAAGACCAAGCCGCUUCACAACGACGUGGACAGAGGAGCGCGAUCAAGCCAGGUUGCGGAAAGGCUUUGCCGAGUCUACACAACGCAGCGACGUAUUUCACCGUAUCCACGGUAUUGAUGCUGUGCUCCCUAGUAUGGAGCAUUCGGAUUGGAACAUGGGUUUUUCCAACAUGACUGCUGCUUUCAUUGAUGCUGAAGAGGGCAUUCGAGUUUACUAUCAGCGCUGCCUUCGGAAUCCAUCGAUCUCUUUCCGCUGCGGCGUACCUGUGAAGGAAAUCGUCACGGAGAAGGGAGAGGCCAAGGGUAUUCUUCUCGAGAGUGGCGAUCAAAUCGAUGCCGAUCUGGUCGUUGUUGCAGCCGGUGCUUGGUCCGCGAAGCUCGUCUCACUCGGCCAAAGGGUAAGUCCCAUUGGCCACGAAGUGGUCUGGUUCAAGGUUACUCCAGAGGAGGAAGCGCGGUGGAAGAAUAUGUCCAUUACCACGAACUUGAGCACAGGGCUGAAUAUCUUCCCACCCUACCGUGGCGAGAUCAAGGUGCUGCGACGCUCUCCUGGCUUCGUCAACACCAUCACAGUGCCUGACCCAGAAAGUCCGGCCGAGAAAAUGCGCAUUUCGUACCCGAGAACAAUCGUAGACAACCCAACGGACGAAAUUCCAUGGGACGCAGAAGUUGCCAUUCGGAAGAAUUUGCGCGAGAUAAUGCCACCCCUCGCCGAUCGAGCGUUUGAUCGCACCAAGAUCUGCUGGAUUAGUACGACCCCAACGGCAGAUUUUCUGAUUGCGCCACACCCUCGCCUUCGUCGACUACACAUGGCUACCGGUGGCUCAGCACAUGCCUGGAAGUUUCUGCCAAUCAUCGGCGACUGGGUUGCUGAUUCUAUAGAGGGAAAGCUGGACCCAGAAUUGGUUGAUAAGUGGAGCUUCGACCGGUUGUCCAACGGGAAGGAUCGAAAUGCGCCUAGAAUGGACGGCAAGCCACAAGAACUGAACGAGGUAGUCCGACAUCGUUUGUAG